AAAAAAAAAACCCAACACUGCACAGUGCUCUUUCAACUCCAGAAAAGAAAACAAAAAAGAAAGAAAAAAAAUGCAGAGACUAGUCUCUCUCUCUCUCAAACUUACCUCCAAUCUCACGAGAAAACUCUCCCACUCUACAACCACAACCACCUCUUCUCUCUUCCUUUCUCGUUUCCAAAAGCCUUUCGCUUCCCUCACAAAACCAGCCCAAACCCAAACCCAAACCCACUUCCUUGCUCAUUCAUGGCGGUCACACACCUCUCUCUCUGCCGAAAUCCGUGGCUUUCUCGCCAACCCAUUACUCGCCAAGCGCUCGUUCGACUGUUCUUCGAAUACCCUUUUAAGAAAGAGUCUUGCGGAUUUUAGAGUUGGUUUUCGAGGCGGUCAAUUUCCCAACCCAAGUUUUCGCUCAUUUCAGCAGCGUUCCGGGUGGAGGUCAUGGUUACGUGGGCUAUCACCGCAUGAUGUGGUCAUCAGCUUGAUUGUUGCUAAUGUCGCAAUUUUCCUGUUAUGGAGGCUUGCAGAUCCCAGAUUUAUGUAUAAGAAUUUUACUAUCUCAGUUGAAAACUUCAAAAGUGGACGUCUGCACACUUUGAUAACUUCCGCAUUCAGCCAUAUGGAUAUUGAUCAUAUUCUUCAUAACAUGAUUGGACUAUAUUUCUUCGGAGUGCAUCUUGGUCAAGUUUUUGGGCCUGAGUUCUUACUUAAGUUGUAUCUAGCUGGUGGCAUAGCUGGUUCUGUUUUUUACUUGGCGCAUUCUGCCUUUUUGGCCUCAUCAUCAAAGGGCCAAUUCUGGAAGGACCCUUUAAGAACGCCAUCAUUGGGGGCUAGUGGGGCUGUCAACGCUAUCAUUUUGCUCGACAUAUUCCUCUUUCCAAAGUCCACCUUGUAUUUGAACUUUUUCAUACCAAUUCCUGCUAUUUUAUUGGGGAUCUAUCUAAUUGGCAAAGACGUCUUGGGGAUGAUAGAGGGAGACACUCCAGGAUCUGCUCAUCUUGGUGGUGGUGUAGUGGCGGCUGUAGCUUGGGCGCGGCUUCGGAGGGGAAGAUUCUGAAUAAGAAUUGCUUUUGAGAUACGGGAUUCCACCCUUUUUUUGGGCGUUGCUUAGAUCAAAAGGCGAAAUUCAAGUGUUAUUAACUGUUUUAGUUAGUUCUUCUAACAGGUUUUUCUUUUGGAUUAAAUCCAAAAUCUACACUAGCAAAUGCUGCAUAGCUUCAUUUUCCAAUGCCCUUUGUCAAGUAAAAUGCUAAAGACAUUUGAGUAACAAACAAGAACAAUAGCUAUAAAUGACUUCUUUCUUCUUUUU